GGCCGCGGCUGAACGCGCGUGGUUGUUGUCAGUGUCUUUCGGCAGCGUUUUCGGGCGGCAGCGCACAUCCCUGUUUGCGGUGGAUCUUCGCUCUUCUCGUUUCGGUUUUUCGUUGUGCUCACCGGCAGAAGGUGGCGCUAGUGUACGGGUGUACGGGAUCGCAGCUGUGGUGAUAGUGGAUUCCAGGUCAUAGUGUUCCGUAGUGUGUUCUCCUCUCGGGGAUUCGGUUCCGUUUUUUGGAGGGAGAACAAUUCUCGAGACGACAGCUAUCUAACAAGUCGAGUGUGUGCGUGCGUGCGUGCGUGUGUCGCUGUGUCAUCGGAUCGGAUCGGAUCGGAUCGGUGGACGUAGCUCGGCACACAGGGGGCAGGCAGGCUACGCCGCCACAGCAAUGGCGGCCGUACGGUGUGGGGUGAGGGCCCUACAGCUGCUGCUGUUGCUCCUCGUCGCUGCCAGCAGUCGGUUCGCACUGGUAGAUGCAGCCGGGCAACCGGCGUCUCUCAUCGAGGCGGAGAAACCAUACGAUAGCGAUCUGGUUUUCGAAGAUGAGAGCUCCCAGUUGGCGGCAUCGGCAGCGGCCGCUGCGUUGUCCGAUACGAAGCCUCUGCUGUUGGAUGAUAUCGAUCGAACACCGGCAGGGGGGCGCUCGGUGGAGGAUAUGCUGCUGGCCGUACUGGGUCCUGCCGAUGACACGGUGGAACCAUGGGACGGUGCAGACCUCUCCGACGAUGGUGACGAUGACGAGGAAGAUGAAUCGGAACUGGACGAUGAGGACGAACCGGAACUGCAGGAGGAUGAGUCGGCGAAUGAGAUCGGUGGUCCAUCGCAGGACACUGAGGAUGGUGCCGGACAAGGGUGGCUAAUGCGUAGUGUCAAGCGCAUUAAGCGCAGCCUCGACAGUCUGUGGCCCUCGGCGGAUAGUACCGGGGCGCAACCGGAAUCCAACGGUACCAAGCGUGCUCAGGGUAUGCGCAAGAUGAAGAAAACCAAAAAGCCCAACCACGACAAAAAGAAUAAGCAAAAGAAGAAGAAGCAAAAACAGAAGAAGACUGAGCAGGAGGCAUCCGCUGGGCUGACCGGGCCGUCGACGGCGACGGUAACGUCCAAGGAGCGCCAAUCGCACGCCGCCGGUACGGGUAAGGGUCGGUUAGCGCCGGCAGCACAAAGCUUGACGCCACCGGCGACCAAGUUCGCUGGCAAAUCGGGACGGUUCGUGGGUGUCCGGCCGAAGCGCCAGUACGAUUAUGGACCGAUCGAUAACGAGGGCAGUGGAGAUGCGGGCGAAGGAUCCGGCGAGCCACCGCUUUGGGUGAACUAUAAGCUGCAGCUGACGAUCCCGGAACCAUAUCAGGCUGGCUUCCGGAAGGUGGAUCAGUCCGACGAACGAAUCCUGCGGUACCAGGCCGACCUGAGCCGGCUGGUGAACGAUGUGGCGCUUUUGGACGUUGAAGCUACCAUCACCCGUUUGGAACCGUACUCACUGAACAAGCAGCUGACACUGGUGACGGCCACUUUCGACGCACCGCAGAACAUUGACCUCGACGAGCUGGAGGAGAGCAUCAUCAAACAGUUGCAGGGACCUGGCUACUCGCUGCGCUCGGAUGGGGUAGCGCUAACGCCAGCCAAUGAUGAUGAACCGGUCGAAACCACAACCACCAGUUUUCCAGAUGAAAAUGAUGAUGAAGAAGAAGAUGCACUGGAAACGACUGCCGCCGCGCCGCAGGAGAACAAGUGCCGCGGGGAUGACCAGUACCGUUGCGGCCAGACGGAGGUGUACAUCUGUGACGUGCAAAAGUGUGACGGCAGUGUCGACUGUCCCAAUGGCGAGGACGAAUCCGCGGAGGAGUGUCCAAGCGAUUGCCGUCCCAAUGAGAUCUUCUGCGACCGCAAGUGUCUGGCGCCCGAGAAGCGGUGCGAUAGGAUUCCGGACUGCAGCAAUGGCAUCGACGAGGAGGACUGUCAACCGGAAGAGUGUCGCGACGACCAGUUCACCUGCGGUGAUGGCAGUUGUAUCGGCUACGAGAAGCGCUGCGAUCGCAUCCCGGACUGUCUGGAUGGAGCGGAUGAAGCAGACAAUGAAUGCUUGAGCUCUUGCGAUCCGACGUCGGAGUUCGAGUGCAACGAUGGUUCCUGCAUUCCGGCCCAAUCACGAUGCGACCGCCGUGCCGAUUGUCUCGAUGGGGAAGACGAAGAACAAUGUUCACCCACAGUGACUGGAAACUGUACGUCCUAUCAGUUCCAGUGCCGAUCGGACCGCAGGUGUAUACCGGUCGAGAAGCACUGCGAUCGGGUGUACGACUGUGCGGAUGGGUCCGACGAGCAGGUGUGCGAAUGUCGACCGAAUGAGUUCCGCUGCCAGAACGGGUACUGUAUAGCGAUGAAGGAGCACUGCGAUGGCUGGCAUCAGUGCAGCGAUGGAUCGGACGAGCUGGGCUGCGCCAAACGAACCUGCUACGAUGACGAGUUUACGUGCCAAAACGGUUACUGCAUUGCUAAUGAUCGAAUUUGUGACGGUCAUAACGAUUGCGGUGACAAUUCGGACGAAACGGACCCGCAGUGUGAUAGAAGCUGUGCGUCGCAUGAGUUUUUGUGUUACGAUGGAGAAUGCAUUCCAAAGAGCGCGGAGUGUGACGGAAAGCCCGAUUGCAGGGAUGGAACCGAUGAGAUCGCUUGUGGGCGCGCCGGAAAGCCACCGCCUCGCUGUGGCCAGCACCAGUUCGAAUGUAACGACGGUAUAUGCAUUGCAGACUAUAAGCGCUGUAACGGCAUCGUCGACUGUCACGAUGAGUCCGAUGAGCCAGAGAGCUGUAGCUACGAGGAAUGUAAUACAAACGAGUUCGCGUGCGAUGGCCAGUGCUUCGAGUUUCGGAUCUUUUGCAACGGUGUCCCUGAUUGCAUCGAUGGCAAAGACGAGCAGAACUGCAUCACCUGCCACGGUGAUGCGUUCCACUGCACGAGUGACCAGCAAUGCGUAGCACCGGAGCAUCGCUGCGACGGUGUCGACCAUUGCCGUGACGGAAGCGAUGAGAUUGGCUGUAUCAACCGCACGGACUGCCUGGCGGACCAGUGGCAGUGUAGAAAUGAGGUGUGCAUUAAUGGCGAUUUCCGCUGCGACGGUAAUGUGGACUGUACCGAUGGGUCCGAUGAGGAGAGCUGCGAAGGAUCCGGCGUCUGUACGGAUGAUGAGUUCCAGUGUCGCGACGGUAGCUGUAUCGAGGCCGAUAGGCGCUGCGAUCGUGAAAACGAUUGUUACGAUCGAUCCGAUGAGAUAGAUUGUCCGCCUGCUCCUUGCGAGGAGUUGGUAUGCCCUGAUGGAACGUGUUUCGCGCAUUCGCAGCGAUGUGAUCGCCGGCGCGAUUGUGCCGAUGGUUUCGACGAGGAAAAUUGCCCCUGCCGGAGUAACGAGUUCACGUGCGGCGAUGGUCAGUGCAUUUCCAGCCACCAGGUAUGCGACAGACGCCCAGACUGUCGCGAUGGUUCCGACGAACGCAAUUGUUCUUGUGCCCGGAAUCAAUUCCGCUGCGGCAGCGGUCAAUGUAUCGCGGAGGGCCGUCGUUGCGACCAACGGAUUGAUUGUCCCGAUGGUUCCGACGAAGCCGACUGCAGACCGGUUGGGUGCAGACCCAACGAAUUCAGAUGUCACAGUGGCCAUUGCAUCCGACUCGAGCAGCGAUGCGAUCGACGGGCCGAUUGCCCCGAUCGUAGUGAUGAGAGCGAUUGUUUCAGCUGCGGUCCAAACAUGUUCCGAUGUGAGAAUGGUCCUUGCAUAAACUUUGCAUUAAAGUGUAAUGGAAUAGUAGACUGUCCCUUUGACACUAGUGACGAGCUUGACUGUCCUCCGUACGUACCACCGUCUGUGGAGCAUCAAGGUCUCCACCUGAGGACCGUUCCCGAUGAUCAGACCAUUAAAGAUGUGAAUAUUGACGAGGGCAACGAGGUCGUCUUCCAGUGCCGUGACGAGGGACCGGCUCACGCUAAGGUCAGGUGGGUACGUGGAAACGGACUGCCAUUGCCACCUGGUACGCGUGAUUCAAAUGGACGUCUGGAAAUUCCGAACAUUCGGGUGGACCACAGCGGAACGUACGUGUGCGAAGCCGUCGGUUACUCUAAAUCAACCCCCGGCAGUACCAAGGAGGUCACCCUAGAAGUAACACGAUCAUCUCAUGUCCGGCCACCGUCAGCGUGCGCCGUGGACGAAGCAACCUGCUCGAAUGGUGAGUGCAUUCGGAAGUCGCAGAUCUGCGACGGUAACCGUGACUGUGUAGAUGGUUCGGACGAGACGAGCUGCAGUGUGUACCACAAGUGUGAACCAAACCAGUUCAAGUGUGCCAACCGUAAGUGCGUCCUGAAGACGUGGCUGUGUGACGGUGAGCAGGACUGUGGUGAUGGUUCGGACGAAGAGAACUGCGCUACAUUGCCACCGAACGCACCGUGCCGUUACGACGAAUUCCAGUGCCGUACGGGCCAGUGCGUCCCGAAGUCGUUCCAGUGCGAUACGCAUCCCGAUUGCUUUGAUAAAUCCGACGAAGUUGGUUGCAUGGCUCCGAGUGUAAUUCAACCGCCGCCACCAUCGCUAACGAUCCAGGCCGGCGGUGUGCUUAAUAUUACGUGCCGUGCAACUGCCGUGCCGGUGCCGCUGAUCGUCUGGCGUUUGAACUGGGGCCAUGUGCCCGAGAAGUGCAUCUCGACGAGCGAGAACGGAUUCGGGCGGUUGGUGUGCGGUGACAUGCAGCCCAUCGAUGCCGGUGCGUACUCUUGCGAGAUCAUCAACUCGAUGGGAACGCACUUCGUAUCGCCGGAUACGAUCGUCACCGUGAUCAGUGCUGGCCAUGUCUGUCAGCAGGGUUACUUUAACAGCAAGGCCCGCAAUCCGAGUGACUGUAUCAACUGCUUCUGCUUCGGUGUCGCGACAACCUGCAGCAGUGCCGACCUGUACACGUACGCCCUGAAGCCUCCGGUAUCUUCACUGACGGUGGUCGGUGUGGAAGGAGCAUGGUUGGGCCGCCGGGAACUGAUAAUCGGAGAGUUCGAGAACCACAACCUGACGGCACAGCGCCACGGUGUGCAGCUGAGGCUGACCAAUCUGGUGCCUGGAAGGCGUACUCCGUACUACUCGCUACCGGAAGAGUAUAAGGGUAAUCAGUUGAAAUCGUACGGUGGUUCCAUUCGGUACGAUGUCGAGUACGAUGGCAAUGGACGUCCGAUCAAUGCUCCGGAUGUUAUCCUCAAGGGCAAUGGACUGACGCUGUUCUACACGCACAGCGAAUUGUUCUAUCCGGACAUCAAGAACCACGUUUCGGUUAGCUUGCUCCCUGGGCACUGGACGAAGGAGGACCGCUCGGUGGCGAGACGUGGUGAUAUCAUGAUGCUGCUGGCCAACAUUGAAAGCAUCCUCAUCCGUAUGCAGUACGUGGACGAAGUCGAGCGAAACAUCGAGCUAGUUAAUAUCAUGAUGGAUUCGGCAGCGGUAAACGAUCGUGGACUCGGUAGCGCUUCGCUUGUCGAGGAGUGCCGCUGUCCACCGGGCUACCGAGGAUUGUCGUGCGAAAGCUGCGAACCGGGCUACGUACGCCAAAGCAGUGGCCCGUGGUUGGGCCGUUGUGUGCCACGGUUGGAGGAGUGCCGUCCGGGAUACUACGGUGAUCCGAACCGAGGCAUUCCCUGUCAACCCUGUCCAUGUCCGGUGGCGGGUGAGAAAUCGCGAGCACGCUCUUGCUAUCUGGAUUCCCGCGACAAUGUUGUAUGCCGGUGUGACCGUGGCUAUACCGGUGAACGGUGCAUGGAGUGCGACGUAGGAUACGUCGGUAAUCCGCUCGGUGAGGGAUGCUUCCAACGGCCCGUUUCCAACUGCAACUCAUACGGUACGGAGCGUAUACUCGGUGAUGGACGGUGCCAAUGUAAGCCGGAUGUCGAGGGACAGUACUGUGAUCGCUGCUCGGCACAACACUUCCACCUGCACGAUAAGGGCUGCAUCCAGUGCUUCUGUAUGGGUGUAUCGAACCAGUGCAGCAGCACGACGCUCACCCGGGACACCAUCCAGGCAUCGUUCGCCGAUGGACGCUCCUCGUUCUCGCUCAUCUCGGACUACACGAACCCGUCGGUCGUGGCGAACAGUUUGCAGAUCUCGAACCGCGAAAUCGUCUACCGGAACUUUGGUGCCAGCGAUGAGACGUUCUACUGGCGACUGCCGACACAGUUCUUGGGUAACAAGCUGACUUCUUUCGGUGGGCAUCUGAACUACACGCUCCGCUACACGCCUCACUCAUCCGGUGGAGUCUCGAGGAACAACUCUCCGGAUGUGGUGCUACAUAGCGGUAACAAAAUCAAGCUGCAUCACUACCGUACCAACAGCGGCCUCUCGUCGUUCGGUUCGACUACCAGCUCGGUGCCGAUACUGGAGGACUUCUGGCAGAACUACGAGGAUGGUAACAUGGUGAACAGGGAGUACCUGCUGAUGGCACUAGCGAACGUUAGUGAUAUCUUCAUCAAGGCGACGUACAACACCGUCUCGAACGAGGCCGCCCUCUCGCACGUCAGUCUGGACAUUGCCCGUGACCAUCCGUACGGUGGUGGCGGUGCACGGGCCUGGCCCGUCGAACAGUGUCAGUGCCCGGAGGGUCACAUUGGUCUUUCCUGUGAGGAUUGUUCCCCGGGUUACUACAAGGGUCCCGAUGGUCUCUACCUUGGGCUGUGCGAACGGUGCCAGUGUAACGGUCACUCGGACGAGUGUGACUCCCAGAGCGGUGCUUGCCUUCGGUGCCGUGACAAUACGUACGGCCCGAGCUGCGAGUUCUGUCUGCCCGGUUUCGUCGGUAACGCAACCGGUGGUACACCGUACGAUUGCACGGACAAUUGGGCGGACAAUAAGUUGGACUGUACGCGGGAUUGCGACGUGCGUGGUUUCACCGGUCGCUGCCCGGACAAUCGCUGUGAGUGCAAGCAGCUGGUAGAGGGACGCACCUGUGACCAGUGCCGUCCGGGAUCGUUCGGAUUGAGUACGCGCCACGCGACCGGCUGUUUGGAGUGUUUCUGUUCCGGCGUAACCAAGUCCUGCGGUAGCUCGAACCUGUACCGCGAGGAGCUACCGGUGCUGGUCGACGAGUUCGACAACACGAUCAGUCUCGCUAACCGUGAUGGGCAGGUGUUGGUGCGGGAUAACUUUAACAUUAAUCCGAGCAUCAACGAGAUUAGCUACACGUUCCGGGAUCGCGAAACGUACUACUGGAACCUGCCGAGCCAGGUGCUCGGUAGCCAGAUACUGUCGUACGGCGCUAAUCUAACCGUUACGCAGCAGGUCGAUGGUGGUCGACCGACGCCGGAUCAGGAUAUCAUUCUCAUUGGCAAUGGGUUGAAGCUGGUGUGGUCCCGUGACCACUACGACGAUGGGACCUACAGCGUACCGUUGCUUGAGCCCUACUGGACGGUCGUUAGCCGUCGUUCGUCGUUCCCGGCCGCCAGGAGCGAUCUGCUGACCGUGCUCGCUAACCUGGACCACAUCCUGAUCCGGGCUACGACCCACGAAUCCACGCGCACCUCGAGAUUAAGCGACAUCGUGCUCGGUACCGCCGUGACCACGCGCAACUAUAACGGGCUGGCCGAGGAGGUCGAAAUGUGCCGCUGUCCAGCGGGCUAUCGUGGCACCAGCUGCGAGCUCUGCGAGGAUCUGCACUAUCGGGACCAUUACGAUCGUCGAGCAGGUAUUCUGGGAUCCUGCAAGCGAUGCCCAUGCGAGAAUGCCGACUCCUGCCAGAUGACGGGGCGCGGAGAGGUCGUGUGCAACUGUCGCGAAGGUUACACGGGUGACAACUGCGAUAAUCGACUUCGUGCGGCUCCUGUCAAGGCCGGCACUAGUGUUGCUCCUAUCAAGCUGCGGUGCUCACAAAAAGAGGCACUGGCCGGAAGACAGACAGGCGAGCAUUACGAGCAGUUUCACAAGUGCGAUAACGGGGGCCUCGAAGUCGCCCUGAUAUACAAGAACAAGCGUUCGCAUACAGAAAUCGAUAUCCGACCACCGGUAACACCAGGGAAUCCCGUGAUUGAGGUAUCUAUCAACGUACCCUCGAUUAAGAUCGUCGAAGUAGGUGACGAAUUCCGUGCCGACUGUCAGGCGCGUCAUAUUGUCUCGAAUCGUCCGAUUGAGGUGGUAUGGAACAGGGAGAAUGGCCGUAUGCCGGAUCGCGCCUACACGGACCGCGGUAUGCUGAUCAUUACCAACAUCCAGAUCACAGACAGUGGUUCGUACGUGUGCCGUGCCGGUAGUGGACCGGAUGUGGUCUACAAGCAGGUCACCAUUACCGUCAGUGAACAAGUGCCAGCACCCCCGAACGUUACGCUGUCAUCCAACUUUGUCGACGAGGAAGAGUACCAGCGAGCGGAGAUACGUUGCACCGCGUCCGGUUACCCGACACCGUACAUCACCUGGGAGCGCGUAGAUAAACCGAUGCCAUUCAACAUCAACCUGAACGAGCAAGGCUUGCUGCGAUUCAACUCACUGCGGCUGCAGGAUGCCGGUACCUACCGGUGUCUCGCACGCAACGAUGUCGGUGAGUCCGAUGCUAUGCUGACGGUGUACGUCCGACCGACCGGUGGUCCGGUAUUGCCACAACCGAACGAAUUUGACGAGCGUGUCGAGAUCAUGCCAAGCAGCUUCGACGGUCAACCGGGGGCUCAGAUCCGGCUCGUCUGCCAGUGUUCACCAUCGGCACGGGUCACCUGGGCCAAGCAGGGCGAACCGCGACUGCCAGUCAAUGCUAACGUGCGCAACGAGAUCCUGAUCAUCGAACAUGCAUCGCAGGAGAACUCGGGUCGGUACGUCUGUACCGCGCAGUUCCCGACCGGACGCGUCAAGGUGUCAAUGGUCGAUGUAGCAAUCAACGAGGACACGCCACCGCAACCAAACAGAAUCGCUCCGCGUGUGACCCCGCUGAAUAAGAACUAUAUGCUAGUACAGGGUACGGACUUCUCGUUGCCCUGCGAAGCGACCGGUACACCAUUCCCGACGAUCAAGUGGACGCUGAGUGGAAAACCAUUCGAGAGCAACGUGCAGCAGAGCAGCAACGUACUGCGGAUCUUCAACGCGCAGCCUAGCAACGGUGGAGUGUACAUCUGUGUUGCCAACAACGAGGAGGGCAUGGACCGUGCCUAUACCGUCAUCGAGAUUGACCGACGCGAAAGGCCCGUCCUAGAGCUGUACCCCAGCGAACCGCAGACGAUCAAGGUCGGUGAGUCGGUACGCUUGAGCUGUCGUGCUUCCGCUGGUGUACCAUAUCCUACGAUUACCUGGGUCCGAAAGGAUCGCAAACCACUGUCCACUCGGUUCUCUAACGAUGCCGAAGGUGUAAUUACGCUACGUGAAGCAACACUCGAGGACGCUGGUGAGUACGAGUGUCGGGCAGAGAAUGUUGCCGGAACGGUGUCGCUGGUUAACACGAUCGAAGUGCUGCAACCACCGAUGAUAACGCUCGUACCGUACGAAAACCACAAGAUUACGGAGAACGACGAUUUCACGAUCUACUGCUCGGCCACCGGCAAACCAGCGCCAACGCUAACCCUCACACCACCACGUGGUACCGCACGUUCCGCAUACCAGUCGCCGGUCGAGGGACUGCGCGAGGUAACGCUGCAGCUGUACCGUGCCGAAUUGAACGAUGCCGGCACCUACGAGUGUAGGGCGGUCAAUGCUGCCGGUGAAGACUCCCAGUAUCUGACGCUUCAAGUCGAUCCGAAGCGCGGUGACAUUGGCCCGAAUGGUGACGAUGAUAGGCCGACGGUGACGGAACGCCCACGACCGUACCCACCCCCACCACCAGGGCGUCAGGACGAACCAGUGUUCAAGUACUACACGGCCGUCCUCGGUGAUCAGAUUACGCUGACGUGUACCGAGGAGCAGCAAACCGUGCAAACGGAAUGGCGCCGUUCCGAUGGUCAGCCCCUACCGUACGGCUCGAGGUUGCGUGGCGGUAACCUCACGAUCGAAAACGCGGGCCGUGAUAUGGCCGGAUUGUACGAUUGUAUCGUGCGUGGACUCACGGCACAACCGAUGACACUGGUACGGAUUCAGGUCGAGGUCAUAGCGCCACUCAAGAUCAGCUUUAGCCCUCCGAUGCCGAUGACGGUGCUACCGGGUGAUCAGGUUAGCAUCUACUGCAACGUCACGGGCGAAGAGCCGAUCUCGUCGUACUGGCACGGCGCCAACAACCGUAGUCUGCCGAACAGCGUACAGGUGUACGGUAACUAUCUGCGAUUCUACAGCAUCCGAGUGGAGGACGCCGGUCGCUACUACUGCACAGCCCGCAAUGCCUACGGAAACACGACCAGAACGGCCGAAGUGAUCGUUAACAGAAACGAGAUGGUUCCAAAUCAACCGGAGUAUGGCAAGCGGUACUAUCAAGUUACACGUGGAUCGACAAUCCGAUUGGACUGCCAGUUACCGUCCAUGCAAUCACCGUACUUGAACGUUCAAUACCAGUGGGUCCGCCGGGAAGGAGGGCUACCAGCGAGGGCGCAGAUCAAUGGUAAAACGCUACAGCUCGAGGACGUCACGCCGGAUGAUGCUGGCCACUACGAGUGUAUUAUGUACUACCCGAACAAAACCGUAGUGUACGAUAGCGUCGAGCUGGCGAUCAGUCGAGAAGGAGGAACAACAACGGAACAGCCCAGGCAACCGUUGGUGGCGGCUGGGGAUUGCCGCAACACCGACUACCUGUGUCCGGUGGUCGUGACCGUGACGUACAAGAUCUGCAUACAGCGCCAAUGGGUCUGCAAAGAUAACAUGCGUUACAUCUGCCAGGAUCGAUACGAUCCGGACAGUUGUAGGCCGAUCGCCCUCAUGGAGAGCAGCCACACCACCAACAGCACGGCGGCUAGACCGCAAAUCGGUGCCCGGACUAGGCGGCCGGUUCGGCCCCGUACGCGCUCGAUGAAGGAACAACCAAGGGGUCGCAACGGUAGGCUCGACGGUGACGGUGUCGAGGUCGAUCGUCCGAAGCGUAAACCACCAACGUUCUACUUCGCGCCCGAGUCGCUGCCAAUCUUGCAACUGGAACCGGCACGCUCGUACGUACGGCCAGGUGAGUCGAUCACCGUGGACUGUACCUCCUCAGCGGGCACCAGUGUACCGAUACGCUGGGAGAAGGCCGACGGAGCACCACUACCGUACAACAUUCGCCAAGAUGGCAACCGGUUACUGAUUGCCAACGCCCGCGAAGAUGACACGGGCCGGUACACGUGCAUCUGCUACACGGACGAUGGCCUCCGAUACAUCACCAACUUCGAGCUGCAGGUCGAGGACAAUACGAUCCCGGACAUACCGCGCACGUCGUCACGCAUCGAGUACGCGGAUCGUGGUACGACGGCCCGGCUUCAGUGCAACACCGACCUCUACCCGGCCUCGUACCAGUGGUCCCGUAGCGACGGUGAACUACCGGCCGAUCAGGACCACCGAGCCUCCGUCCUCGUCCUACCGAACGUGCAGGCCUCAGACGCCGGCACUUACAUCUGCAAAUCGAAGAGCGGUGGCCAAUCGGCGAACGUGGUGAUCACGCUGAUCGUCAACAACAUCAUACCGUUCUUCGCGCAAUCCCCGGUCAGCUACAUCGAGUACAAACCCCUCGACGACGCGUUCUUCAAGUUCUACUUCGAGAUCACCUUCAAACCGGAGAAGCUGAACGGUCUGCUGCUGUACAGUGCCCAGCACGGUGCCAACGGUGACUUUAUCGCGCUCUCGCUGAACGCCGGCUACCCACAGUUCCGGUUCCGGUUCGGUGGCGAGCAGGUGAUGCUACAACCCGACCAACCGGUCCGCCGUGGCGAAUGGCACACGGUGAAGGUGAACCGGGUGCGUGCGAAUGGGUUCCUGCUGGUCAACGAUCAGGCUCCGGUCAACUUCCCCGAUCGUCUACGCUUCCACGGGCUCAACCUCGAAGGUAAUCUGUACGUCGGUGGCGUACCGAACGUUAACACGCUACCGGCCGGUGCGGUCGAGUCACGGGAAGGUUUCAUCGGUUGCAUCAGCCAGCUGAAGGUGAACAGCCGGGAGGUGCAGCUGUACGAGGAUGCGAUUUCGACCGUCGGUUUGACGGCGUGUGAAACCUGCGCCGAAGACCCGUGCAACAAUGGCGCUGGUACGUGCAUGGAAUCGCAAACGACGCGCGGUUACAAGUGUUUGUGCCGCGAAGGAUACACUGGGCCGAACUGCGAAACCGAGGGUGCCGGUUGUUCGAUCGAUACGUGCGGUGUCGGUCGCUGCGAAGAGACCGACCGAGGCUCGGAGUGCUACUGUCCACUGCACAAGACGGGUGACCGGUGCCAGUACACCGAACACUACACCGAUGCCACGCUAGCGUUCAAGGAUGGCAGCUAUGCGGCCUACGAAAAAUUACAAACGAAACGCACGGUCCGGUUCCGCUUUAAGGCGGAUUCGCUCGAGAACAGUAUCCUCGCGUAUACGGCCGAGAAUGAGCAAUCCUAUGGUGAUUACAUGGCCGUUAUACUGAACGAUGGUGCCAUCGAGCUGCGUUACACUGUUGCUGGCAAGAUCAAACCACUGAUACUGCGCUCGACUGUACCGAUUGAGGCCGGCCGUUGGUAUGUGGUGUCGACUGGCCGGGUAAGGAACGGGUCCGGUUUCCUGCAGGUUGACGAGGAGCCGGUCAUUAAUAACGACACGUAUCGUAACAUCGCGAUCAUGCUUAAAACGAUGGUGUACGUCGGAGGCUACGAUAAGCGGUUGGUCAUCAGCAAGGAGCUCGGUGUGACGCGCGGCUUCGAAGGAUGUAUUGCCGAGCUGGAAACAUCGGGCAAUAAGGUCAACAUGAUCGAAGACAUUCGCGAUUCGGCCAACGUGUACCAUUGCGGCACGGAGACGGUGGUACCACCGCGCGGUUCCGACGAUGUCGAGUACGGUGAGGACAGUACGGCCACCUGUCGGCCCGGACGCGGUGGUCCCGACUGUCAGAGCAUCACGGACGUGUGCCUCGAGGAGCGGCCCUGCCAGAACGGUGGCGUCUGCCAGACGCACGGCGGUGGACUCAACUAUACCUGUAUCUGUCCAGCCGGCUAUCUGGGGUUGCGGUGUGAGACCCAGUUCAACACGAUCGUUGCGCCACGGUUCCACGGCAAUGGUUUCGUCGAGAUUAGUCCGCAGUCGCUGGAGAAGGGUCCGAAUCAGCUGACGACCGAGAUUGCGAUCAUGUUUAGCGCGUACCAGGACAAUGGACUGCUGCUGUGGUACGGUCAGCGCAAUGACGAGGAGUACCUCGGCAAUGAUCACAUCGCGCUGGCGAUCCAGGAUGGUUACGUUGAGCUGACGGUGCGCAUGGAUGGUCAGGAGUCGACGAUCCGCAGCGAUGGGUACAUGGCCGACGGGGAACAGCAUGUCGCGCUGAUACGCCGCCAGGGUAACCAGUUCCAUCUGCAGAUGGACUCGCUGACCGUGCACGGUGAGACGCGCCCGACCGGCAAGCAGAUGAUGCACCUACCGGGCAGCAUCUACAUCGGUGGUGUGCCAGACAUCGAGCGGUUCACCGGCAAUCGGUACAACGAGAGCUUCGACGGAUGUGUGUUCAGCGUCGAGAACAACGAAAAGCGGAAAACGGUGGAGCUGCGCGACUGGGCGAUCCGUGCGGUCAACGUCGAUACUUGUGACGAAGUCGACCUAGGUACCGAGCCGCCAGUGGUCUAAUCGAGGUUCGUCGCUUGGAGCGAAACAAAUGAAAUCACUAAUCCGUGUAUCAGAGGAGAGCAGGAAGGAGUGCGCAAGUUGCCUAAACACUAAAACCCCGUAUCUUAUCAAACAUAGAGAAGAGGAGAGAUCAAACACACACAUACACGCAACAGCAACAGCAGAAGAGAUCUGCAGGGCGACGGAGUACGGUUGUAUGAACGGUCGUCGGUCGCGGUGAGCAAACAACGAAUGUGCCAAAUAAUUGUAGGUAUUUAUGUAAAAAGAAAACGCAAAAUGCAAAAAAGGAAGGGGGCGCAGGGAAAGGAAGGAAGGAGGACAAAGAGGGGUCCUACCACAACGAACAGGCUCCAGUCAAACCCACGUCAGAUACACCUUGGGACCGAAGGGACCGUAGUAAUACCGUUACGGGUUGUGUUCAUCUAGAAUUUUGGGUUCGACAUAAAGUUUGCUUUCCAGCAGCAUAAAAGGCACACGCAACAAGCAUACCCACAUCCCACGGAAACUGCCAGUUUAGUUCCACCCAGCCCAGUCAGUAGCAGCAGUAGCAGCAGCAGCAGCAACAGCAACAACCACAGUCAGCAGUUCACGAGUGGAUGGUAUGCUCACUCACCUGCCAGCAGACUGUCGCUGUGUGGUGCGCUAUAGUUAGAGAUUAAAGAGCUUCAACAAUGACUACGCCAGCUAUACCCACCCAUCUCUACUACUCACAUUCGCCUUCGCUUGAGCGCCCCUUGCCUCGGCACUCGUGAAGCGCCUGUUGUUCUUGUGUUCAGUACUGGCCAACUCACCGCCAUCUUUACGUCUUUACUGCCCAGCACAGCAGUAGUCCAGUGUUUUAUUUUUUUUAAUUUCUGUAAUCUCAGCAACCAGCGGCGCGGUCGUAUACACAUGACGCGGGAUUCGAUUUUUUGUUACUAACCCCCCGAUCGUUUCGGUUUUGUGAGCGAAUCAGCUGCCAUAUCCGUUUUUUUCGAUUUUUCGAUCCGUUUCUUUGAUGUUUACAUCAAAUGCUAAGGUGCGCUGCUGCAUUGUAUCAUCAUCAUACGCUUAGAAGAGAUCAAAAUCAAACGGAGAGUAGGAAAGCGCGCACGGCGGCGGCGGCGGCGGUGGCGGCGAAGGAACACCAUGCUCACGGCUCAAAGGAUCGCGAAACGAAAGCGAACUCGCGCGGUAAAGCAUAAACGAGUAAUACCAUAACGAAGAAGGGGCCUAUAGAUAUGCCAUACAACUAUUUUUUUUCCUAUCAAUUACGACAAUAAAUGAAUAGUCAAUG